AUGUUUGUGUUUAUUUCAGCUCUUACAAUCUUAGCUGCUCUGUCCUCAACAUCCGCUGCUACGAUUACCGGGGUCAUCAAAGAUGUCGGUGUCGAAGGUGGACAAUGUAUCGGAAGCGAUUCUGGAGGGCUGAAUGUGCACGAUGCUACCAAAGGUCUGUUGAAUAUGGUCGAUUGCGUUGGAGCGCCUAAAUGGCAAGUAGACACUGGGGAUCAAGGAGGAUAUGUUUUAUUAUCUCCGAAUUUGACUACAGCCUUAUUGGUAACAGAUUUACUGUACAUCAAUGUGGGCGAUUCCUCACCCGGUGACGAACGUCAGCAGUAUGUUCUGUCUCUUUCACCAACGCCGUGA